AUGUCAUAUCCAAGCAGCGAGAAAGAUCCCGGUGCAGACACCAGGAUUGAAGAUAUCAACCAACCUGCCCUGAAUGAUGUUGACUACGAUGAAGAAUACACAUACGCAGAACAGCGUAAGAUUAUCCACCGCGUGGAUAGACGCCUUGUCACCAUCACGGGUUUAGCAUACUGUGUGUCCCUCAUGGACAGGACAAAUCUGAGCAUGGCUGCUGUCGCGGGAAUGACCAAAGACCUGGGUCUGACAAUUGGAACCCGAUAUUCCGUGAUGGUUCUCAUCUUCUUCGUUCCCUACGUGAUCUUCCAGCCACCUAUGACGGUUAUAACACGGAAGAUAGGUCCUACCUACUUCUUGGGAACCAUUGUCAUUCUUUGGGGAGCAAUUCUAGUUGGCAUGGGGUUUGCGAAGAGUUGGAAGCAUAUGGUGGCGACCCGUGCACUGCUGGGCUUGCUUGAAGCAGGUAAUUUUCCCAUGUUCGAUGAUCUGUCGCCUGGUGAUCGUGGCUAUGGAAUCCCGGGUAACAUAGGACUAAUCUGCUUCGAUAUAGGCUACUUCCCCGGUUGUGUAUAUCUCUUGUCUAGCUGGUACACUCGGUUUGACGUGCAAAAACGUUUCUCGGUGUUCUACUUGAUCGGUUGCGUAGCGUCAGCAUUGUCUGGUAUUCUGGCCUUUGGGCUGAUGCAGAUGGGCGGGCUUCAGGAUCUGGAAGGCUGGAGAUGGAUUUUUAUCAUGGAAGGCGUGAUCACAGGGGUGAUUGGCCUCUUGACUAUCACCUUUUUGGUUGACUUCCCUGAUAAAGCACACAAGUCUUGGAGAUUUCUUAGUGAGAAAGAAUGCGCGUUCAUCGUCCGCCGUAUCAACCGGGACCGUUCCGACGGAGACCAGGAGCCCUUCUCUCUAAAGCGCUUCCUGUCACCUGCCCUCGACUUGAAGAUCUGGGGUUUUGCAAUGAUAUUCUUCUGCACUACAACCGUCACGUAUGCUAUCGCAUAUUUCCUCCCGAUCAUUCUUGAACAAGGUAUGGGGUUUAGUACCGCUGCUGCACAAUGUUUGAUUGCGCCACCCUUUGCGUUCGCCGGGAUCGUAAUGUACGCAUCCGCCUGGGUUGGUGACAAAUAUCGCCUACGAGGAGCAAUUGUCAUCUUCAAUGCUUUACUCUGUAUCAUUGGACUUCCCAUUAUGGGCUUUGCGAAAGGCAAUGCUGCGCGGUACGUGGGCGUAUUCUUCGCCGUGGCCGGCGCCAACUCAAACAUCCCAGCUUGUAUGGCAUAUCAAGCGAACAAUGUCCGUGGUCAAUGGACCCGUGCAUUUUCGAGUGCUACAUUGGUGGGAUUUGGUGGCAUCGGGGGAAUUGUGAGUAGUUUGGUCUUUAGGUCCCAAGAUGCUCCUGGAUACCGACCGGGCAUGUGGACGACUAUUGCAUGCAAUAUCCUCAUUUUAGUCAUUGUGGCCGCUCUGAGCUUGUGGUUCCGCCGGUCGAACAGAGAAGCGGACCGUGGGGAGCGCGUUAUCGAGGGGUCUCCAGAGUUUCGGUACACGAUAUAA